AUGCUCCAUUCACCUAACGUCACCCUCGACAAAUAUUCCGUUUCACUACGAACUGGAUUUCUUCCCAGUGUUCCUCCUUUACAAAAACUAGAGAACGCUUACUACUGGCCCUGGGAAGACAUCGUCUGGGACUUACCAAGUCAUAUUCAAUGCAGAACAAUCAGACAGGCUGUGGAAGAACUGCCUAUUCUCUCGACCUCAAAAUUGCAUGAAGAGCCAGAAUGGAGGCGAGCUUACCUACUACUUGCUUAUCUGAUGCACGCCUAUAUCUGGGGAGGGGAACGGCCUAAAGACGUAUUACCACCUUCUAUUUCAUGUCCAUUCUUAGAAGUAUCCAAUCAUCUGGAACUCCCACCAUGUGCCACCUAUGCUGCCCUGAAUCUUUGGAACUUCGCGGUCUCAGACCAUACUGCUGAUAUGACCGACCCGGAAAAUCUAUACGUGACAGCUUCAUUUACUGGGACUAAGGACGAAGAAUGGUUUCUUAUGGUCUCGGUAGCAAUUGAAGCCAAAGGUGCACAGCUGAUUCCAUUGAUGCUUGAGGCCUUCCAUGCUGCCAGCGUUGAUGACGCACAACGCGUAUGUGAUCUUCUCAACCAGUUAAAUAAAGGUCUUCAAGAGCUUCGUCAAUUAUUUGAACGUAUGUACGAAAACUGUCGUCCCGCGGUGUUCUUCCAUCAACUCCGGCCAAUCCUAGCGGGCAGCAAAAACAUGGCUUCAGCAGGACUGCCAAAUGGUGUCUUCUACGAUGAAGGGCACGGAAAGGGUAAGUGGCAUCAAUACAGCGGAGGAAGCAACGCCCAGAGCUCUUUAAUUCAAACUUUUGAUAUAUUUCUGGGUGUGGAGCACUCAGCUACGGGAGAAAUGAAGUCGAACGGUGCCACCAAACCGCCGGCUAAGACUGCGUUCAUGCUGGAAAUGCGUAAUUAUAUGCCAGGCCCCCACCGUCGCUUCCUAGAAAUGAUGUCUCGAGCAUCCAAUAUCCGUGCGUACGCAAUGAGCCACAAAGCAGACUCUCCAGUUCGUGAUGCAUACAACGCAGCAGUGAUGUCACUGGGCCUAUUCCGAGACUCUCAUAUUAAGAUGGUAACACGGUAUAUCAUUAUGGCAGCAAAGAUGAAGCCGACGAAUACCAUGCCUUCGCAGGUUAAUCUCGCUACAUCUACAACAACCCGAAUGGAAGGUUUAAAUGAAAAGGUCUCAGGAGGACUUCAUGGAACGGGAGGAACCGAUCUGAUACCAUUUCUUAAAAAGACUCGAGACACAACUAAAGCUGCUGCGCUGUAUACGGAUUAA